AGGCAGCUCAGCACUGUGUCAGCGGUCAGACCUCUGUUAGCGCGUGAAGACUGAAGAAUGACCCGAAGCGUCUACAGUCCCGCGCGCCCUGCUCCCUGACCAGAAUGUCGCUCCUCGCUCUGAACCUCAGCAACCUCAGCAGCCCGGAGCUGCGCGCGGCCGACGACCCGAGGGACGAGCAGCUCGCGCGCGUCGAGAUCGCGCUGCUGGGGCUCAUCUUCGUCACCGCCGCGCUGCUCAACUCCGCUCUCCUGCUGCUGCUGCUGCGGAGGCGCGAGCGUCUGACCCGCAUGCGCGUGUUCGUGCUGCACCUGUGCGUGGCCGACCUGACCGUGGCCUUCUUCCAGGUGUGCCCGCAGCUCGUGUGGGACAUCACGGACCGCUUCGUGGGGCCGGACCCCGUGUGCCGCCUCGUGAAGUACCUGCAGGUGGUGGGCAUGUUCGCGUCCGCCUACAUGAUUGUGGCCAUGACGGUGGAUCGCUACCGCGCCGUGUGCGACCCCAUGGCGAAGCUGCGGCGCGGCGGGCGCGCGCGCUGCUCGGCGCCCGUGUGCGCGGCGUGGUGCGUGGCGCUGGCCGGUGGCCUGCCGCAGGUCUUCAUCUUCUCGCGCGUGCAGGUGGCGCCGGGCGUCUUCGACUGCUGGGCCGAGUUCGCGGAGCCGUGGGGGCUGCGCGCCUACGUCACGUGGACGGCGCUCGCAGUCUUCGUGGUGCCCGUGGGCGCCGUGCUCGCGUGCCAGGUGCGCAUCUGCCGCGCCGUGAGGGCCAGCGGCGAGGCGCGGUGCCACGAGGCCCAGCCGCGCGCCUCCGGCAUCUCCAAGGCGCGCGUCAAGACCGUGAGGAUGAGCGUGGUCAUCGUGCUCGCCUACGUGCUCUGCUGGGCGCCCUUCUUCACCGUGCAGCUGUGGUCAGUGUGGGACAGCGAGGCGCCAACUGAGUCUGCUACGUUCACCAUCCUGAUGCUGCUGGCGAGUCUGAACAGCUGUGCCAACCCCUGCAUCUACCUGCUGUUCAGCAGAGAGCUCCCCAAACAGUGUCUCUGUCUCAGACACAAAGAGAGGAAGUACUCUGUGCCUGAAGAGGCCACUAUUCUCAGCUCUGUUUACCUGAGCUUCAAGAGCCUCUCUGACUGUAUGUAAAAUUAAUAAAUUAGGGUGUAGCAGCCCUGGACUGUCACCUGAUUUACUCCUGCUAGUCAAAGGGAAAGACGACCCGUAGUGUAAACAGUCAUUACACUGAG